GCACAGCAUAGAAAACUUCCUGCAAAAUAGUGCUCCCUAACAACAGACAAAGCUUGACAGUGUGGAUUCAAUUGAAGACGCUUUAAUAAAAGCGCUUUUCAUUCGCUUCUUCAAUGCAGGGUCCGGACACGCUUUCCAGGUACAGAGAGUAGGCUGUGGGUGCAGACAUGUCGGGUCGCUCUGCUGCAGAGAUGGAUGACUCGCAGGAGCUGCCUGAGCUGCCGACGAAGAAGGCCAAGCUUGAGAUAGAUGGUGGACUGGAGAAAGAGCCAAGUAACUUGGGUGACGGCGGGAGUCCAGAGGCUGUGUUAGGUUCAUCAGAGCAGGAAAGCUCUUAUUCCGCCUUGUCCACAGCCCAGCUUGGUUCAGGUGAUCAGGAGCAGUCGGACGCAGACAGAAGGGCCGCACCCCAGGCGUGCGGUGACUCCAUGAACUCGUAUGCACAUUCUGCCACAGACACAACAGCCACAUCUGAAUACACCCAGCAGGUUUAUCAAGGAAGCAACCCAGCGGUGACGUCCUACACCAGUCAGGUGGCCUUUCCUCCUCUGGCCCAGUCCACUGUGUACUCAGCCUUCCCCCAGACAGGCCAGACCUACGGCCUCCCGCCCUUUGGUGCUAUGUGGCCAGGCAUUAAAACAGAGACAGGGCUGCCCGAGGCACCCUCUGGUGGCCAGCCUGGGUUUCUCAGCUUCAGCACCGCAUAUACCUCAACCCAGCCAGGCCAUCUGCACUACUCAUAUCCCAGCCAAGGCUCAAGCUUCACAACGUCCAGUGUGUACUCCAGCAUCCCCUCAGCUACGGCCGCCACCACGACCUCCUCCACAGUGACCCACCAGGAGUUUAGCAGCUACAACUCUCUGGGACAGAGUCAGUUCUCUCAGUACUACGCUCUGCCUCCUAGCUACGUGCCUGCCGGGCUGCCCAGCAGCGACGACCACGCUGCCGGUGUGGGAGUGGCCGGAUAUUCGGCUGUGAAGUCGGAGCAGGCCGCCUCAGCUGGACUGCCUCCCAGAGAUGCAUCUCCACCAGAAAACCUGCCGGCAGGUGCGGCUCUUCCGACCGGUGUGGCUCUUCCUGCUGGAGCCAGAGAUCAGGACGAGGUUGGACGCAGGAACUCUGUAGGAAAAUCCAAAGGGAAGGGCAAGAAGUCUGAUAGCCCACCUACUGAGAGCGACCUGGAGCGCAUCUUUCUGUGGGAUCUGGAUGAGACCAUUAUUAUAUUCCACUCACUGCUCACCGGCUCCUACGCACAGAAGUUUGGCAAGGAUCCAGCUACAGUGCUGAACUUGGGCUUGCAGAUGGAGGAGCUGAUCUUUGAGCUCGCAGACACUCACCUUUUCUUCAAUGACCUGGAGGAAUGUGAUCAAGUCCAUGUUGAGGACGUUGCCUCUGAUGACAACGGACAAGAACUGAGUAACUACAACUUCUUGGCGGAUGGCUUUAAUGGUCCCAGUGGUGGAGGGGCAUCGGGAACCACCACCGGAGUCCAGGGAGGGGUGGAGUGGAUGCGGAAACUGGCCUUCCGUUACCGUCGACUAAAAGAGAUCUACAAUAAUUAUAAAGGGAAUGUUGGAGGUCUGCUGAGUCCUAUGAAGAGGGAGCUGCUUCUACGGCUUCAGUCUGAGAUCGAGAACGUAACCGACGCGUGGCUCAGCACCGCGCUAAAGUCUCUGCUGCACAUCCAAUCCAGGGGGAAGUGUAUGAACGUACUGGUCACCACCACUCAGCUGGUUCCAGCUCUGGCGAAAGUGCUGCUCUACGGCCUGGGAGACGUCUUCCCCAUCGAGAACAUCUACAGUGCCACAAAAAUCGGGAAAGAGAGUUGCUUUGAGAGGAUCAUCUCUCGCUUUGGGAAGAAAGUGACAUACGUGGUGAUCGGCGAUGGUCGAGAUGAGGAGUUUGCAGCAAAACAGCACAACAUGCCUUUCUGGCGUAUCUCCACUCACGGCGACCUCGUGUCCCUGCACCAAGCGCUGGAACUGGACUUCUUGUAAAGGAGGCGGCGUUGAAUGUCGCACGCUAAACGGAAAAUGUAGUCGUCGUCGUAGUCCUGUUGGUUUGUGGAGCGACACCGUGCGAUAAAAUCCUCCGCGACUUCAACGAUACGCACUCGCAUAUUAGAAACCCCUAUCUGCCCUCACUGACGACGAAAGACUCUCCGUGUGAUGUGUGAUGGUAAUGUACUGAGGCGGACUUUGGGUCGGAGCUGACUGUGAGAAACAGACUGGAUGCAUCAUUCGGCUGGAUUAAGGUUCCUCACGCCCAGCACUCCCUCCUCUACGGCAGCUAACCUCACCACGGCUGAAACUGGCACUGAUUUGGACACAGAAGGGAAGACAUCUGUUUUUUUUUUCCUCCACUUUGGUCUUUGGCAUUUAUCUCAUGUUGAAAAUCUACAGCAAAAACAAUCCCUCUACUUUUUAUUUUGUCUUUCUGGAAUUGAAUAACCAAAGGGCCUUUGUUUUUCUUGUUGUUGUUGUUGUUCUCUUUUGGGGUUGUUGUAACUUUUUAUUUAGACUCUAUAUAAGUGAAAGAAUAUUAUCAAUUUGCUUUAAAAAAAAUCUCUUUCUGUAUUGUUUUUGUGCUCAUUCAGAGACUUGAAAGCAUCAUUUUGCAAAUCAGGUUACUCACAGUCAGGAAGUAUCACUUAAUCCCAUUCUUAUUUCUUUAUUCUCCUCCCACGUAGCCAUUCAAAUGUUUAACCCAAGGUACUGGACGUGAUAACAAAUGUAACUUGGUCAUGACUUCCCCUCCUGAUCUGACCAGAGCGCAUCAUCAGUCAGCUGUCUUAACCUCUGCACUGUGUCACAACAGCAGCGGUGUGGUCCUUUUAACGAACAGGGGUUAUGAGCUGUGAGUCAGAGGCUCCAGUCAGACUUCAGCCAACCUGAACUGACCUUUUCUGCAUGACUCAGUAAUAUGGAAGGUAGUGAGCAGAGCAGGAUAGAGUUGCACUUCACUUUGGCUCGUGGACAAGAAGUGUAUUUCCUGCCUCAGUAGUCGUAGUAGUAUUAGUAAGGCAACGAAGGCAAGUUCUUGAGCAUAACAUCACAGUCGAAUGAAAACCUGAGCUGUGUCCCAAAUCCAUACCGCACACUAAUUCUAUACAGUAUGCACUACAUGCUAAUUCUCAUAGCAUCCUUGUGUAGCAGUUAGUGUACAAAAAAUAAACAUUUCAUCACUUACCUGCUUUGUGCUAGCAGGAAAUGACACAAUGACGUAUGAAAGUCACUGCAAAUUAAACUUCACUAACAGAUAAAUUCACAAAUGGAUAAAUGUUUAUUAAUCUUAAACAUUUAUUACUUAUUUUUGUUUUCUGGAGCUGUUUCACCAGCCACAACCUACUUAAAUAGUUUCCAGCUGUGAGGCAGCUCCUUGAUUUCCUUUGUGCAUUACAUUGUGGGAGAAUAGUGUCCAUCAACAGUAUAUGUUGUGUAGUAUAGUGUGAACAUUUGUGUUUUAAAAACCUGCUUAGAGUUAAUAUGUAGUGUGGAUUUGGGACAAAGUGCUUGUAUUUCCAAAUGUGGUGAAUUUGACGGAUUUAGUUUUAUUUAUGGGCUAAAAAAGGCUCCUGCUUGUUAAGCUCAAUAAAUUAUUUAAAAAACAGUUGAUUAGAGAAAUGCUUUGCCACAAAGCUAAAAACAGGACCGUUUUACCAGCAGCAGCUGUUCGGCGCUUAAUAUUUUCAUAGCAGUAGUGGAUGGAAACACACGUUCACACAUGCGUUUUCUUCUGCUGAUUUUUUGGAAAUUGAGUUUAAAUUUGCGCUGUUUGGAUGGAAACUCGAGUACAGACUCAGGAUGCAGGAUCUGAAUUGGCUUUGGACCAGUGUGGAUCUGUUUCACGUCAGACGAGUCAGUGAACUAAACACUGACUUCAGCUGCAGGAUUUGAACAAACAAUGGCGAGAGCUCUGGGCCACCUGCAGGAUGUGGGUCCUGGUUUUGUUGCUCCUAUGUGGGCUCGGGGGGGUCUUUGUCUUUAAUCCGUCCAUGCCUACACCUCUGGGCCUAUGACUCAGCUAAUACAUAAUCAGGAGCAUCAUAGUUCACUUAUGAGGUUCCAGUUCUUUUAGUGAGUUUCUAGAAAAUUCAAGUGUCUCAUCACAAUAUUGACCAACACAGUUUUAGUCUUCGAGACUGUUGAAUUGUGGGAGCAGUUGUUCAAUGUGACAAAACCAGGGCAAAGAAAAUAACAUGUUAACCUGUAGAGCUGCAUCUUAUUACUCAUGUACAUGUAUGUAUUACUCAUCAACACGUUGCUACAAAAUCGCACAAAAUGUCAAAAUUCUGGUCAUUUACCAAAGACAUUCAGCAUGUGUUCUUAGUUGCUUUGCUCUAAGUUGAAUGAGAUUUAGCUGAGGUUUAUUGUAUUCAUUAGUUAAAAUCUGAGCUGCAGCUACCUUCUGUAGAAUAUUUUUUUUAAUUUUUCAAGCUAAAAUGAAAUGAAAGGGAAUUGAUUUGCUGGUUUUCUUCGGCUUAUAUGAUUAUUAUAUUGUUUGUUGGUCAAAACGAGCCUUUUGAAGAUGUGUGAGGGUUUUUUGUUUGUUUGUUUGAUUGUUUUUUUGCCUUGUAUAGACCAAACUAUGGAGAAAUUAAUCUGUGGUGAUAGCAUUUGUUAGUCGCAGCCCUAAUUUCAACUACAAAAUGUCAGAAAACAGUUAAAAUCCUCAAGUGACGUGUUUUGUUAUGUUUGUACAUCAGUUGUCCAAAACCCAAAGAUAUUCCAUUUAAUGUCAGAGGAAUAAGAAAAACAGCAAAUAUUCAUAUCAAAACAAGUGAACUUUUGUUUCUUUUGCUUAAAAAAAAAAAAAUGACUCAACUGAUGGUGAGAGUGGUUGCAGACGAAUCGAUUAAUCAGCUGUUUGUUCCUGCUGCAGUUCAAACUUGGCCAAUAUUAGUUGUGUCAGACAAGCGAAACCACAGAAUGACUUCAUCUGUCAGCCAAACCUGUUGAAGGCGGCAUCGGAGGAGAAAUAAACAAAGGACGAUGACUGUGCAAUACAACUCUACUUUGCUCAUUAACUGUACUUCAUGGGAUUUUUCAUUUCUGGACGGUGAGAACAGCAGAAUGGUGGGUUUGUCCCCCGGUCUGCAUGUAUGAGAUUACGACUGAACAAUACUGAGCCUGAAGAAGAUUUCGUAUUUACACACAUGCAGCUUGACCGUUAAGAAUGUGUAUUUUAUUUGUUUGUGUGUCUUGCGUGACUGUGCAUAUUUAUAUUGUGCCUUUAACCAUCAUCUGUAUGCAUAAUCUCAAUGGGAAAUAUGUAAGAUUUUUGUUUGAUACAUCUAUCACUGCAUUGUUAUCCAAAGUGUUAUCGUACUUUUUUUUUUAACUCAGUACUUUUUUUUUUUUCCAAAGUGCUGGUGAGACUUUAUUUGCUGUAACUAGACUUUUUUUUUAUUUGAUUGUCUUGUCUGCACUGUAUUUGGAAAUUCUUCAUUUUGGGGGGUAAUGUUCACGUGGAUUGCUCAGUGUUUAAAGAAGUUCAGUGAAGGGCUCAAGAUGGCGAGCAGCUACUUUGCUCUCAGAUAAUUUAGCUCUAGAUAUCAAUCUGGAGUGACGGUACAUUCACUUUUUUUAUAAAAUCACAACCACGUCCGCUUUGUAUUAGAUUUUUGCUUCCUUUUGGAAAGGAGAUGCAUUAUUCUGUUGCUGUGAAACGCUUAGCAUUGCUUAGAGACAAUCACAAUCUGUAACACGUAGUAUUUUAAUGCAGAUGGGAUUACUAAAGUUAAAAGGCGAGGUGUGCUUUUCAUUGUCUGGUGUCGUACUACCUAAGUGAGUUCAAGACAGUGGACUCUUCUAUCAGUCCUGACACACUUUAGAGAAAAUUGAGAGACCAUGUGCAAUCUUUUCUGCUUAUUGAAUGUGUUUUAUUUCUUCACUUCGUCUGCAUGUCUGUUUAGAAGUAUUCCACGGCUGUCGGAAAAAUGACCACGCAAUGUUUAAGGGGCUUUUUUUCUUCUCCGUGUCCUUUUUCUUUCUGAUGCCAAAUGCUGUUAUUAUUUUUAAUGCUGUGUGUUUUAUUUUUCUAUGUAUUUCAUCUCAUUGUCAGGACCUGUGAGGCCACGUAGGGUCAUGUAGAGAGCCUGAAUGUGAUCCUGUAAACUGAACAUUAUCAUAAUAAUCAAUGCUAAUUUAAUUCCAAUAAUCACUAUUUUCCCCACAGUAGCUGUUUGUGACCUCGACACAGUCCUGUAAGGUUUUCCUGUGUACCUAAGACACUCAGU